AUGGAGAUCCCGGACCUUCCAGAUGUGAGGGACAAUGUCACGGAGAUCCCGUACCUUCCAGAUGGGAAGGACAAUGUCACUGAGAUUCCAGGUGUGAAGGACAAUGUCAUAGAGAGCCAGGACACUCCAGAUGUGAAGGGCAAUGUCAUGGAGGUCCCGGACCUUCCAGGUGUGAAGGACAAUGUCAUAGAGAGCCGGGACCUUCCAGGUGUGAAGGACCAUGGCACGGAGAUCCCGGACACUAAGAGCCCCUUUAGUACAAUCAGCACCAAAGACCUCCUCUCUAAAAUCCACCUUCCAUUGUCUCAGGAGACUCUCCUGGACGAGAUCGAUUCUGAGCUCCGGUCCACAGAGCUGGCGCUCAAGCAGCAAAACGGAUUACGGAAAGGCGGGCUGGCGCUUUCUGUGCUGGAGCACUGCGUCCAGGAGAAGUAUCUUCAGCAGGAGGACACCAUCAGGAGGCUGAUGGAGGAGAAUCAGAAGCACCAGCAGCUGAUUGCGGAGAUCUGCUCGGAGAAGGAGCGGCUGAGAGAGGAUCUGAGGAGACGCGGAGACACCGAAAUGCUUCAUCUCAACUCCAUCAAACAGCUGGAGGGACGAAUGGAGGAACUGGGCCGAGAGCUGAGAACGGCCAGGGACAGGAUGGUGGCGCAGGAUGCCGCAGCCAAGAACUCCAUCCAGCAGCUUCACAAGGAGCUGGCCAUCCGCACAGAGCAGGCCAACAAAAGGUGCGAGGAGGCUCGGCAGGAGAAGGAGGCCAUGGUCAUGAAGUAUGUCCGGGGGGAGAAGGAGUCCCUGGACCUGAGAAAGGAGAAGGAGGCUCUGGAGAGGAAGCUGAGGGAAGCCAACAAGGAGAUCGAGAAACACAACAACAGGAUCAAACUGCUAACUCAGGAAAAAGGCCGACUACACCAACUGCACGAGGCCAAGGAAAAUGAGACCAGCAAACAGAGCCGUGAAAUCGAGAAGCUUAAAGAAGAGGUGAAUUCGUACGCCAUCAAAGUGAAGUGGGCUCAUAACAAACUUAAAACGGAGCUGGAUACUCAUAAGGAAACCAAAGACAAACUACGAGAUGCAACAACGAAACUGAACCAAGCUAAAGAAGAGGCGGAUCAGGUCCGGCGGAAUUGCCAGGAGAUAAUAAAAACUUACCAGGAGUCGGAGGAAAUCAAAUCCAAUGAACUGGACGCUAAACUUCGGGUCACAAAAGUGGAGCUGGAGAAACAGAUGCAGGAAAAAUCCAACACCCUGGAGGUCCACCAUGCGAAAAUGAAGGAGCUGGAUGACCUGAGAAGAACUUUUACAGAAGGAAUGGAUGAACUGCGCACCUUGAGAACGAAGGUGAAGUGUCUAGAAGCCGAGCGGCUCCGGACGGAGGAAGAACUAUCCAAGUACAGAGAACUUAUUAACAGGCAGAAAGCGGAGAUCCAGAACCUACAGGACAGAGUGAAGGUCGUGGAUCAGCAAGAAGAGCGGCACAAAAGGGACAGACAAGAGAUCGACAGUUUACAGGAGGAACUCAACAGUCUGAACUCGCUCAUCUCCGACCUUCAACGGGAUAUAGAGGGCAGUAGGACGCGGGAGUCCGAGCUACUGGGGUUCACAGAGAAGCUGACCAGCAAGAACGCCCAGAUCCAGUCCGAGAACAACUCCCUACAGGCCCAGCUGGACAAGCUGACGUAUAGCGAGCGCGAGCUCCGCCGCCAACUGGAACAACUCAAACUCACCAGCACCGAACUGGAAGAGAGGCUGGCCUCAGAGACGGCACUGAGGCAGCAGGAGGUGACCACCCUGCAGGCAGACUUGGACUCUCAUCGGACUCAGGUGGGCUCGCUGAACACUCGGAUAGAAGAUCUGGAAAACGAACUGAGCACCCAGAAGAGGAAGCACGCCGUCAAUCUGAAGGAUCUGACCAAACAGCUCCAGCAAGCGAGGAGGAGGAUGGAGCAGAUGGAGAAUGGCAGCUAUGAGAAGGAGGUCAGCAGUAUGGGCAGCAGGUCAAGCUCUUCAGGGUCUCUGAACGCUCGAAGCAGCAACGAGGAUCGAUCCCCCGAGAACACCGGCACCGCCAUGGUCGUGGACAGCUUCCCGGAGGUGGACAAGGCCGUCCUCAUUGAGCGGAUCAUCCGCCUGCAGAAGGCGCACGCCCGGAAAAACGAAAAGAUAGAGUUCAUGGAGGACCACAUAAAGCAACUGGUGGAGGAGAUUAGGAAAAAAACAAAGAUCAUCCAGAGCUACGCGUUGCGGGAAGAGGCCGGGACUCUGUCGUCGGAAGCCUCCGACUUCAACAAGGCGCAUAUGAGUCGGCGAGGCGGGAUCAUGGCGUCUCUGUACACCUCCCACCAGGCGGACAGCGCCCUCACGCUCGAUCUGUCUCUGGAGAUUAACAGGAAGCUGCAGGCCGUGCUGGAGGACACGCUGCUGAAGAACAUCACACUCAAGGAGAAUCUGCAGACGCUGGGGACGGAGAUCGAGCGACUGAUUAAACAGAACCACGAAUUGGAGCGCCGCAUGUAGCUGACGCGGGAUCGCUCAGAUCAUGGACCACUCAGCACUUUUUUUUUUUUUACUUCAAUCAUUUAAUA